GGGGGGCGAGGAAGAUGGCCAAGGCGCCGGGGGGAGCUGGGGGGCCGAGAGGAGGAGGGGGCCCCCGAUGCCCUCCUUUGGGGUGAGCUUGCAAUAACUUGGGGGGCGCGAGGGGGGUUGCACUUUUGCAAGCUGGGGGGGUCACGCAUUGCAUGCAUGCAAAGGGGGCGAAGGUCCCGCUGCAAACAAUGGGGUCAGUGUGGGUCACCGUGCAUGCAGAGGGGGGGUCUUGCAAAAGUGGGGGUCCGGGGUGGGUCGGGAGGGAGCUUGGGGGCAGGGGUGGGUCGAGGGAGCGUAAUAUGGGGCAGGUGGGAGUUAUGGAGUUGCAAGGGGUCCAGGGCAAGGGAUAUGGGGUCAGAUCUAGGGGGUGGGUCACUGUGCAUGCAAGGGGAGGGGGUCUUGCAAAAGUGGGGGUCCGGGGUGGGUCGAGGGGGAGCUUGGGGGGCAGGGGGUGGGUCGAGGGAGCGUGAUAUGGAGCAGGUGGGAGUUAUGGAGUUGCAAGGGGUCCAGGGCAAGGGAUAUGGGGGUCAGAUCUAGGGGGUGGGUCACUGUGCACGCAAGGGGAGGGGGGUCUUGCAAAAGUGGGGGGCAGGGGGUGGGUCGGGGGAGCGUGAUAUGGGGCAGGUGGGGGUUACUGGGAGGGAGGGGAGUUGCAAGGGGUCCAGGGCAAGGGAUAUGGGGGUCAGAUCCAGGGGGCUUGCUUUGGAUGUGGGGCUGCUGCUAAGGGGGUGGGGGGCUGGGGGGUGGAAGCAAGGGGGGCAGAGGUUGGGGGGCUGCUAUGGGGAGAGGGAACAGGUGGGUGGGGGAAGCUGGUGUGGGGUGAAGUGUUUUGUGGGUCUGGCAAGUGUUGGGGGGCGAGCGAUGGGGGGAGCAAGCGGGCAUGGGAUCUGUGGGGCAGAGGAUGGAAGGGGGAGGUUAGGGGGCUAUGGGUAGGGGCUCCAUUUUAGCCAAGGGGGCAGUUAGGGGGCGGCAGAGGGAGGGGGUCUAGGGAGAUGUGGGGCGGGGGGUGUUUAAUAACAAGGGGGGUAGUUGUGGGUUCUAUGGGGCUAGGGGAGUUGUGGGGACGUGGGGAGGAGCCAUAGGGGGCGGGGAGAUGGUUGGGGCGGGGAAGUGUGGGGCACACCAGCCCUAUAGCGGGACUGUGGGGAUGCCAGAAAAGCCUUCUUGGCAAAACUGGGGCGGGGAGACUAUUAUUAUUAUUUAUUGAAUUUAAAUGUGGGGAGAAGAAGGGGCUUGCUUUGGGGCGAGGAUUGUUUUUUUUUAGUACGCGUGUCAGGGAGCCGGUGGUCGCAUUCACACGUUCGGGCUUCUCGCGUCGAGCGGAAGAAUAUUGCGAGGCGGCACUCGUGAGGGGGAAGAGCGAGACUUGCGUGUCGUGACGUUGUACACGUGUCCCGCUUUUUCAGGGGGGAGACUUGUGAGGGGGAAAUCGAGACUCGCGAGCGCGUCCCGACGUCGAAUACGUGUCGUAUGCGGGGAUGGGGACUCGUCUUCGUGUGUCCCGACGUCGUAUACACGCGUGUCCCGCCUUUUUAUGAGGGAAAAGGCGAAACUCGUCUUGGGGCGUCGUUGGUCGCGUUCCGACGUUACACCCGUGUCGGACUUUGUGCCUUAAUGGGAAGCGGCUUUGUUCACGCGCGUCGGGGCGUUUUGUUGUGAGGCGUUUGUCGCGCUUUUUAUUCCCCGUGUGUGUUGAGGGGAAAGAGUCUUUGUGUGUUACGUCCCGCGUUCACGUGUCUUUGGCUAGACACGUGUUUUCCCUUCCAUGAGGGAAAAACAACCUGGGACUAUAUUUUCCUGCCUGGAGCGGACGGAUACCGCCUUCAAAAAAAGCGCCUCGAGCGAAUUGGCGGGAAAACAAGGCGGACGCUUUACGUGUAUAAAAAAACCGUCCGCCAACGGCUUUUCGUGCGCGCGGCGGAGGCCGAGUUCACGCGAGAGGAUGGAGCGCUUGAGGAUCGCGCGCGGGAUGAUGAAUGGAGCCGCCGCGGUGGGCGGGGCGAGACGAGCCAAUGGGGGCCUACGUACGCACGCACGUUCCGAACGUCGGGCGCGUACGUCGCCGCAGCGCCCCCUAGCGAGCAGGUGGAGCAGCGCACGGCGUGAUUGACAGCUCGCUUUUUCCCGGGGAACGUUCCAUUCCCGUUUGCAGCCGGCGGAGGCGCUUUUGCAAAGGAGCAGCAGCAGCCAGGCUGGCCUUGCAAACCCGAGCGGACCUUGCAGUCGCCAGCAGCAGCUGCAGCACGCAAGCAGAACCAAGCCGAGCCAAGCACCGCUGCAACCCUGGCAGGGCGAGACCACGGAUCUGCCAGGCAGGCAGGAGCCAGAGGAGGAGGAGGAGGAGGUGGUGGCUGGGCCGAGGCCGAAUCCGACCCACCGGGCCUCAUGGAAGCGAUGGAUCGGAAGAGGUGGGAGUGCUCAGCUCUCCCGCAGGGAUGGAAAAGGGAAGAAGUGACCAGGAAAUCGGGGCUCUCCGCUGGCAAGAGUGAUGUCUAUUAUUAUAGGUGAAUGUGGGGGGGGGCGGGAGGAAGGAGGGGGUGGGUUUUUUUGGAGGGGGGGUGUUUACGCUGCCUGCAGCCGGCCUUUCUUCCUGUCUGCCUGCCUUCCAUCGCUGCUGCAAAAGACGCUGUCAAGACGUCACGCGAGACAACCGUGAACAUGCCCUUUCGCUGCAACAAUCUGCCUGGCACCUCUUUGCAUGGGGGGGGGCUAGCAGAUGGUGGCGGGGGUCCAGCGAGAUUGCUUCUUCCCGCUUGCUUAUGCAAGAAGGGGGUGCUGUGAGGGGUGGCUGGGGGCGACCCCCAGUUGCAGUGGCACGAAUCGGGGCUGUUCUGCGGGAGGCGUUGCAGGCGGAUUACGGCUUCGGGGGGGGGAGAGAAAAAGAAAAAAGAGAGACUGAGAGGUAGAGAAGCAAGGAAGGACGGAAGGAGAGAGAGAGAAGGAAGGGAAGAGAGAGAGAAAAUUCGUGAUAGUCCCGUUGCAAAUCGCCGCCACCCAGUAGCUAGUUUUGAUUUUGCAAAAGAUUUGGGGGGGAAGCAGGCGGGUUGCGGGGUGAGUUUCACGUUGAAUGGGCACCCUAUUGAAUUUUUUAUUUGGGGGGGGAGAGAAAACAUGGAAUUAUUGCCUGCGUGCGCUUUUGAGGGUUGCACCCCGUUGUGCGGGUCUUGGAAGCGGGAGUGGGAAUAUUCUUGCAGCGAAAAUAUAAUUUCUCUGUCUUUUUGCAUUGAGGUUACGGGGUGUCUGCGUUGGCCAAGGGGUGUCUCUGAUGCAUGCGCCCCCCGCCGGGGGGGGGGGCAACAUAAACGCGGAGCUUUUCCGCCUAGAAAAUUGGGGCUCAUGCUGCAUGUGGACACUGUGACAGUUCGGGAGCCGUUCACGUAGCAACUGGAUUGACAGAUGAAUGCAGGAAAUAAUAAGCCCUGCCCCCCCUCCCGGUGCUGCUUGCACCAAGGUUUAUUAUUGGGGGGGUCAGGAACAGAACCAAGUUCUGUGUAUUAGAGAGGAGGAAUGCAGCCAUUAGAUAAUAAAAUAAAAAAUUGGGAAGCUGUCACUGCAGAUUGUCUUCCGGUUAUUGGCUCCCUUGCCGGGUGCUGGACUCCAAACCCCCCCCCCCCCUUUGCAUAGGUGAGGGUCUUUGGGGAGGGGGCUGAUCUAGGCAGGUGGAUCCCCCACUAGUGGACCCCCCUGGACAGGCUGGGGAGGGGGGCUGAGCGGUUCAUAGGGGUCCCAUUUCCAAAGCAAACCUGGGGUGGGUUGUUUCGCUGGAGAGUGGGUCUCUCAAAAUGCUGUUGCAUCCACGUUUUGGGGGGGGGACGACUGCAGCUGUCGCAGGUUAGAUAUGUGGUUGUGUGCAGACUAUAGGUGCGCUGUGGGGCAUUGGGGGGGGGUUCCUGUCUAAUAAGAACCAUUAUAGCCAGCAGGCAGUAGAAGCAAUUGCAGCCUGUUUUGUUAUUUGGGGAGGGGGGGGUGUUUGUCAGCAUUGAGAGAGGUCUGUUAAAGAGCAUCUUUCUAAGGCUGUAGUUAUUCAGGGAUAGCCCACUGUGAAUAACAAUGAUUUUUUUGAAAUACAGUGGUGCCUCACAAGACGAAAUUAAUUCGUUCCGCGAGUUUUGUCGCCUUGCGAUUUUUUUCGUCUUGCGAAGCACGGUGUCGGGAAAGUUUUGGAAAAGCUUCAAAAAUCACCAAAGUCUUUAAAAACCUCAGAAAAGGCUACCACACAGCGUUCUAUGAGUUGCUCCUCAAAGUCAAGUCGCAACUGUAUUAACGGUGUUAAGAAAAAGGAAACAAACUUGCAAGACGUUUCCGUCUUGCGAAGCAAGCCCAUAGGGAAAAUCGUCUUGCGAAGCAGCUCAAAAAACAAAAAACCCUUUCGUCUAGCGAGUUUUUUGUCUUGCAAGGUACCACUGUAUAAUGAUUUUUAUUAGUUUUUGAUUGCAGUCGAAUAACGGCCUCAUUAUAACAAUGCCAGUUUACGAUACAAUUAUUUAUACCAGUCGUUCAAAUACCUAAUGAUAUAAUUUGGAUAAAUUAUAUUUAUCCACGCGCUAGAUUUGAUUAUUUGCUUUAUUUCUGCGCUCCAAAAUCUUACUAAGUUCCAUUUUUGUUUUAUUAUUUAUACCCCGCCAAUCUGGCUGGGUUUGUGGCGACCCUGGAGAGCUCUCAAGUCUCCUGUUGUUGUUGUUGUUGUUCUUGUUGUUCUUGUUCUUUCCUGUUGUUGUUAAUGCCCCACUCUGGGCAGCUUCCAACACGCAUAAAAACAUAAUAAAACAUCAAACGUUAAUAAUGACCAUCUGAUCCAAUCCCAAAAAAGUCACAGUAAGUUUAAAACAAAGCAAUAUUCACUCAUCCACUAGGAAUAUAAUGUUGUUGUUGUUGAGUCGUUUAGUCGUGUCCGCCUCUUCGUGACCCCCUGGACCAGAACACGCCAGGCCCUCCUGUCUUCCACUGCCUCUCGCAGUUUGGUCAAACUCAUGCUGGUCGCUUCGAGAACACUGUCCCACCAUCUCGUCCUCUGUCAUCCCCUUCUCCUUGCGCCCUCCGUCUUUCCAAACAUCAGGGUCUUUUCCAAGGAGUCUUCUCUUCUCAUGAGGUGGCCAAAGUACUGGAGCCUCAGCUUCACGAUCUGUCAGGAAUAUAAUAGUAAACAGGAAUAUAAUAGUAAACAGUGAAAUUGAAGAUCAGCAAAUCACAUAGUUUCCUGUUGUUUCCGUGGGGUGGCAUGCACAGCAAACUUUGGGUGGGUGGCGAAGGCUGCCUUGGUGUUGCUUUGCCGGUUUGCAGCAAAGUUUGUUCCAACUAACCGCGGCGUUCAUGCAACAAUCAUGUCGUUUGUACCAGGGUCGGGAAUGUUCUCCAACCCGGAGGUUGCAGUCUGUUUUGCGCAGCUUUCCCGGAGCCAGGGUUGCAGUGAACCAAUGCGAAUUUUGGGUUUUGCACCGCAGCAAAGCACUUGCGAACCUCUCUCUAUCAAUCCUCCAGCCUGGGCGUAAUAAGCGUUUGAAUCGCAGAGUUGUGAGGGAACCCCAGGGGUCAUCCAUCCCAACCCGCUGCAAAGCAGGAAUCUCAGCUGAAGCAUCCAUGACCGGUGGCCACCCAACCUCUGUGCUUGGAAACCUCCAAGGAAGGAAAGUCCACAACCACCAUAGAGGGACUGGUGUCGAGUCAGAAUCUCUUGAAACUUGAAGCCAUGGGUUCGAGAUUAUUCGGAUGUGAUUUGGGAGCCUGGACUAUGCAACCUGAUGGGAUAUGGGGCCAUGGGCGAACUCUGCAUGCCGUUGUGUUUUCGGACGUAGAACAGGGGCUGUGGGAGCUCUUUGCAGCCUAGGGGCCGCUUUUCCUUCCCGGCAGCCUCGUGAGGGCCGCCUGCCAGCAGUGGGCGGGGCCAGGGAGGAAGUGGGCGGGGCAAAGGUUUGCAAUUUUUGCCUUUGCCCAGUACAAUUUUCACGCAAGGGGCACACACACCCGGUUCUCCCUGGCCAGCACAUUUCCACCCGCGCAUGGAAGACACUUCCAAGGGCCAGAACGGAAGCCCGGGGGCCACAUCCAGCCGCUGUCAUGGAGCCUUUCCCAGAAUCCUCUGCAACACAGAAGGGCUUUCCUUGCAGAAAGAAAGUUUGGAAACAGCCCCUCUGCAUAAUCCAUUGUUUAAUUCUCAGGGGGGGUUUUUUUGCAGUGGCGGCGGGUGUUCUUCAAAAAAGCAAGCCCCUCGCGUGGUUUUUUCUUUCUUUUCCAGGCUUUGAAAAAUGUCUGGCGUCUGGAGCCAGAAAGGGGAGGUGCAACGAAGCUGGCUUUUAUUGAUAAUAGGAGCCGGGAUCCAUUUGCAAAACCUUUUUUCCCCUCCUUCCUCGCUAAAGAGGGGAACAAAGAGAUUUCUGCUUGCCCGUGCAGAGUUGGGACAUAUGGAAGGUUCUUGGGGCACCUUGAAUAGGGGCUGCAUUCAUCUUAAUCUCCCGCCCCAUGCUCCCAAAAGUCUGAAUUUGCAAGUUGAGCGCUUUAAAUAAAAGAGCGAAAGAAUCGCAAAGAGGGGGGGAGGUUUAACCCGCUUUUUAUAUUUUGUUCCUCGGCGGCUGGGGCAAGCCAUUGAAAACCUCACAAAGCGAGUGUACUUGUGAGGAGCGGGAGGGGAGCGUGUGGAAUCGUUUCUCAGCUGCUUUCUCCUUUUUGCUCCUUUACAAUGAAAAAUAUUGGUUUCAGGCUCGGGGGGGGGCGAGGAGUCGCACAGGCAAAAGUCGCCUUGCGCUUGCCGUUCACAAAAGGGAGACAUAUUCCCUUGUUUCCAGGCCCCACGAAGGGAGGCUUCUCUCUCCCGCCGAAGCGCCCGAAACUUCAGAAUUGCGCGGGUUUCAAGUUUCGGACGCUUUUUAUGCACUUUUAUUUUUUCGCACGAAAUUCUGCGUUUGCUUGGCUUUUUGUGGGGUGUUUGUGUGUGUGUAUGUCUAGGGGGUUGUGAAUUGAGAGCUCCGAAAACAAGCGCUGAAAAUUCAGCCUGUUGGAAAAGUUGAAUCAGUCCUAGGAGGUCAGUAAGGAGACGCUUGUGUACGUAUUUGAACAGCAAACUUGUUCCUGCAGAUUUAUGGAGAAGGGAGAAGUCAAUGGCCUUCAAGUGAAGAUUCCUGGGUGUCUCCGCCACCUUGGAGCUGCACGCCUGGAAAGCCUUGAAACCUGACUUUUCUCACACACUUAAGACCCCAUCCUGUAGAAUUCUGUCCGUUCUGUUUUAUCUGCACAAUCGGAAUGAAUUUCGGGAGCGAAGAUGCUUUUGCGCAGCGAAUUGGGAAUCGUUUUGAUUGCAAACGUUAUAUAUCGACCUGCCCUGCUUCUUCUUAAAAGUGACGUUGGCCAUUCAUAACAUGAAUUCCACAGGGUGGGGGUCAAAGUGCAUCAAAACGGUCCAGAUCCGAGGAUCCCCAGGCAUGCACCGCCAGAUGGCAGAGACGUCAGGCGACAUUCCCGGCGCCCGGGCGUCUUCGCUUGGUCGCAAGUGGCAAAUAAAGGUAAAGGGACCCCUGAUUGUUAGGUCCAGUUGUGGCCGACUCUGGGGUUGCGGCGCUCAUCUCGCUUUAUUGGCCGAGGGAGCCGGCAUACAGCUUCCGGGUCACGUGGCCAGCAUGACUAAGUUGCGAACCAGAGCAGCGCAACGAAACGCCGUUUACCUUCCCACCUGAGUGGUACUUAUUUAUCUACUUGCACUUUGACGUGCUUUCAAACUGCUAGGUUGGCAGGAGCAGGGACCGAGCAAUGGGAGCUCACCCUGUCUGGGGGGAUUCAAACCGCCGACCUUCUGAUCAGCAAGCCCUAGGCUCUGUGGUUUAACCCACAGCGCCACCCGUGUCCCUUUUAAGCUGCCGAUAGCCGGGUGCAAAACGCGCCUGGCCCCUGGCUAAUUUCUAACAAUGACUCUCUCCGCCAUCUCGCUCCAUCAGUUGCUUCUCUUUCACGCUUGUGGGCUUUGAGCACACCUGCCAGAGGGACAUAGGGAUUAGAUGCGGCCCUCCAAGCCGUUUUCCCUGGCCCUUGGGACUCCCACCCCCUCGCUGGGCCUGCUCCUCUGCUUUUGGCUGGCUGGAAUGCGUACCUAACCAGCGAUAAUUCCUCUCACUCACCCGGAUUAAAAGUCGAGGUGUCCAGAAACCUCGUUUUGUGCCGCCGGGGUGCCUCCCGUUGCAAAACAAAAAAACGGUAAGAGCCUCACCCGUUGCUGCGACGAAUUUGCCUACGGCCCUGCCCUCUAGAGCCAUGUGGCCCUCAAAAAGUUCCCUGCGAUGGGAAGAGACGGAAGAAGUUUUCUGCUUUUUCUUUGCUUUGCGGCUGUGUUGUUUUCCCAGGGCAUCUCUGCCCCGAACGGAUUUUGUUUUGCCGUACCCGGUUCGCCCUCGUGCUGACGCCCCCAGAAGCCAUAAUUUCUCUCCCUCCCCAUCCCUCUGUCCCCCCCCCCCAGCCCGAGUGGGAAGAAAUUCCGGAGCAAGCCUCAGCUGGCCCGUUACCUCGGCAACUCCAUGGACCUUAGCACCUUCGACUUCCGGACGGGAAAGAUGCUCAUGAGCAAAGUGAACAAGAACAGGCAGAGGAUGCGCUAUGAUUGCUCCAGCCAGGCUAAGGUGAGUCCCGGUCUCUCUCCCCCCCUUCCCGGAGCCCCUUAGGGCUUGACCCUCGCCAUGCCAGCCUCCCCAGGCCUUUUGUGCGAAAGGCAGCCCUGCUACGUUGCAGGCAGCGCAAAGAAACAACUUGCAAGGAUGCUUAACCUCUGCAAUCUCCAUAAAUCUCCGCUCCUCUCCUCUCGAGGAGGAGGAGAUUUGGGGAAAGCGUGGGGCUGGAGUUUCGUUGCAGAAGCACAAAGCUUCCCGCUCUUCCAAGAAACGGGCUUUGAAAAAGUUGUCCCUAAGGAUACAGUGGAACCUCGGUUUUCGAACGUAAUCCGUUCUGGAAGAACAGGGCCUUCUCUGCAGUGGCUCCCCGUCUGUGAGAUGCCCUCCGAAAGGAAGUUCGCCUGGCGCCUUCAUUAUACACCUUUAGGCGCCAGGCAAAAACGUUCCUUUUUAACCAGGCCUUUGGUUGAUCUUAUUGACAUCUAACACCCUUUUGGAAAGUGGUUUUUUUGGGGUGGUUAUUGGGUUAUAGUUUUUGGUUUGAUUUUAUAUGUUGUGGUCUUGUUUGUGAACCGCCCUGAGACUUCCAGGUAUAGGGUGGUGUAUAAAUUGAAGGAAUGAAUAAAUAAUGUUCGAAAACUGAAAAUCAAAGGGCGGUCGACGAAAUCCAUUGAAAAAAUAGAGACGCACACAUCGGAAGCUGUUUGACUUCCAAGGCGCGUUCGAAAACGGAAGCACUCACUUCCGGGUUGUCAGUGUUCGGGUUCCAAAUUAUUUGUCAGUGGAGACGUCUGAGAACUGAGGUUCCACUCUAAAAUAAAACAGCUAUAAGUUUAGUUUAGAGAUGGUAUUGAACAGCAGUUGUAUGAAAUCAAAGAAACAAGGAAUAUUUGUGUGAUAUGUUGGAUGCCAGGAAACCGGGACUUAGGUUCACAUGUGGUGGGUGUGUAAAUAUGUACAGUGGUACCUCGGGAUACAUACACUUCAGGUUACAUACGCUUCAGGUUAUAGACUCCGCUAACCCAGAAAUAGUACCUCGGGUUAAGACCUUUGCUUCAGGAUGAGAACAGAAAUCGCGCAGUGGCAGCAGGAGGCCCCAUUAGCUAAAGUGGUGCUUCGGGUUAAGAACAGUUUCAGGUUAAGAACGGACCUCCAGAACGAAUUAAGUACUUAACCCGAGGUACCACUGUACAAUUAUUUCUUUUUGGCAAAGGUAGAUUAAGGAGAUUACAGAAAAACCACUGGGUGAAAAGUCCAGAGGUGGCAUGAUUGUUCUCGAUUUACGAUGGGGUGGUGGAAGGUUCACAGGCUAAGAAGGGCUUGCUCGCAAGGUUAUCGACAGCUGCACAAGUUUAAUAAGUGGGAGAAGGGGCAAGGGGAAGCAUCAAGGUGCGCCGUUUUCAAUCUGUUGAAGUCACCUGCCUCACCUGCCUUCUGUUUCCAGGGCAAACCCGACCUGAACACGGCGCUCCCCGUCCGGCAGACGGCAUCAAUCUUCAAGCAGCCUGUCACCAAAAUCACAAACCACCCAAACAAUAAAGUCAAGACGGACCCCCAAAAGGCAGUCGACCAACCCCGCCAGGUAAGUGGGUCCUGGUGGGCGCACACCUGUGUGAUAUGUAUUCAGUGAGUCUGCGUUUGCCUGAGCUGGAGUCUGGACUAAGGAUUCUGAGCUCCUCAUGACGUCCAGUCCCAGGACAUUUUCAGGAUUUCCUGUGUGUCCAUGGCAUUUCUUCCUGUCCUCGUUCCAAUGAAGUUUUUGGAUACCUGUAUUUUGGGAAUAGGGGACACGGGUGGCGCUGUGGGUUAAACCACAGAGCCUAGGACUUGCCGAUCAGAAGGUUGGCAGUUCAAAUCCCCACGACGGGGUGAGCUCCCGUUGCUCAGUCCCUGCUCCUGCCAACCUAGCAGUUGGAAAGCACAACAGCACAAGUAGAUAAAUAGGUACCACUCUGGUGGGAAGGUAAACGGCGUUUCCGUGCGCUGCUCUGGUUUGCCAGAAGCGGCUUAGUCCUGCUGGCCACAUGACCCGGAAGCUGUACGCUGGCUCCCUCGGCCAAUAAAGCGAGAUGAGCGCCGCAACCCCAGAGUCUGCCACAACUGGACCUAAUGGUCAGGGGUCCCUUUACCUAUUUUGGGAAUAAGUUGUCCUCAAUCGAUCAGUAUGAAAAUAUGCUUUAACCGACACCGUGUCCUCGUGUUAUGUUUCCUCUGUGCCAUGAGUCACUUCAGAAACAUCAGCCUAGAACAGCAGCGUUCAAAUUACUAUUUUUUCCCCUUCCAAUCCUUUUAAAUUGCUUUCAGAAGUACUUUAGUGGCAGGGAUAACACCCCUUUACGGAUGCAGAAUAGCAUCUAGUAAUUCUUGCUGCUGACGGCUGUCCGUCUAAAGGUAAACGUUAACUACAGAUGUUACGGAAUCAGAAAAAGGUCAACAGUGUUUUAUUUCAUGCGAUUUGCAUUCCUCUCAGUUGCAAUGAAACCUCAAAGCUGUUGAUGAAAAAGAUCAUUAGUGGUUAUCUUCUGGGGGUUUUUGUGGGGAGGGAAGCUAUUAUUGUUCCAAACCGUUAAAUAUUUUCCCCUUCCCCUUGCUUUACCCAUAAAAUCCAACUGGCAUGCAAGUGAUGUUGUUGUUGAGUCAUUUAGUCGUGUCCGCCUCUUCGUGACCCCCUGGACCAGAGCACACCAGGCCCUCCUGUCUUCCACUGCCUCCUGCAGUUGGGUCAAACUCAUGCUGGUCGCUUUGAGAACACUGUCCCACCAUCUCGUCCUCCGUCGUCCCCUUCUCCUUCUGCCCUCCAUCUUUCCCAACAUCAGGGUCUUUUCCAGAGAGUCUUCUCUUCUCCUGAGGUGGCCAAAGUCUUGGAGCCUCAGCUUCAGGAUCUGUCCAUCCAGUGAGCACUCAGGGCUGAUUUCCUUCCGAAUGGAUCGGUUUGAUCUUUUUGCAGUCCAUGGGACUCUCAAGAGUCUCCUCCAGCACCAGAAUUCAAACGCAUCCAUUCUUCGGCCAUCAGCCUUCUUUGUGGUCCAGCUCUCACUUCCAUACAUCACUACUGGGGAAACCGUGGAUUUAACUAUACGGACCUUUGUUGGUAUGCAAGUUGGCAUGCAAGUAGGAGUUAAUAAUUUUAAAUAAAUGACACUUGGAAAGGUUUCUCUCUGCCUGAGAGCCAGCAUUGGACUGUGUGCCCAUGGCUUCUCCCCACCUGUACCCAAAAAAAGAAAAGAACCGUGGGAAAUAGAGUUUCCCACUCGUGCAGCUGCAGUUCCCAGCACCUUUAACAAACAACCCGUUCCCAAGGAUUCGCACCAUGUGCUUUUAAAUGUGUGAGCAGCUGGUGUUUUCGUGGCACUCAUGAUGUUCAGAGAAAUGUGCUAUCUUUCUCUUUAUCUCUUUCUUUCUCCCUCUUUCUUUAUCUUUCCCUGUCUCCCUCUUUCUUUCUUUCUUUCUUUCUUUCUUUCUUUCUUUCUCUCUUUCCCUCUUUUCUCUCCUUUUCCCAGCUCUUCUGGGAGAAGAAGCUCAGUGGCCUGAACGCCUUUGAUAUCGCAGAGGAGCUGGUGAAAACCAUGGACCUCCCAAAAGGUUUGCAAGGUACUGUGCCCCUUUUCGAUCGCUGCAAAUAAACGAUAAGUCACCUCGUCCCGCAUCCUGCCUCUGGAGUCAACUAGAUGCCAUCAGAGGAAAUAUAAUAAUAAUAAAUUAUUAUUUAUGCCCUGCCCAUCUGGCUGGGUUUCCCCAGCCACUCUCAGUGGCUCCCAACCGAAUACAGUAUUAAAAACACAAUACAGCAUUAAGCAUUAAAAACUUCCCUAAACAGGGCUGCCUUCAGAUGUCUUCUAAAAGUCAGAUACUUGUUUAUUUCCUUGACGUCUGAUGGGCAUUCCACAGGGCGGGAGCCACCACCGAGAAGGCCCUCUGCCUGGUUCCCUGUAACCUCACUCCUCGCAUUAUUAUUUGCACCCCUCCCAUCUGACUGAGCUGCUCUGGGCAGCUUCCAAUAUAUACGAAAACGUAAUAAAGCAUUCCAAAAACAGCAGUUGCAGAACCUUAUUGGGCCACCGUAAACUCGCCCCCAGGGUGCCCCUUACCCUAAUAUAUAAAAAAGCAUUAUUCAGAACCACGGUUUGUGGAACCCACUAUGAAAUACAGUGGUACCUCGGGUUAAGUACUUAAUUCGUUCUGGAGGUCCGUUCUUAACCUGCAACUGUUCUUAACCUGAAGCACCACUUUAGCUAAUGGGGCCUCCUGCUUCUGUCGCAUGAUUUCUGUUCUCAUCCUGAAGCAAAGUUCUUAACUCGAGGUACUAUUUCUGGGUUAGCGGAGUCUGUAACCUGAAGCGUCUGUAACCCGAGGUACCACUGUACAACAGUGUGGCAAAUUUUAAAACGUUAACCCAUUUAUUUAAGAUCCAGUUACAACGAUGUACAGUGGUACCUCAGGUUACAGACGCUUCAGGUUACAGACUCCGCUAACCCAGAAAUAGCGCUUGAGGUUAAGAACUUUGCAUCAGGAUGAGAACAGAAAUCGCGUGGCGGCAGCGGGAGGCCCCAUUAGCUAAAGUGGUCUUCAGGUUAAGAACAGUUUCAGGUUAAGAGCAGACCUCCGGAACGAAUUAAGUACUUAACCCGAGGUAGCACUGUAGUUUAAUUAAGUCAAGAAACACCAGUAGACUCGGAUCUGGUGAUAGCAGGUCUUUUCAAAGCCUUCUGGUCAUUUACACCUCCUGUGCCCCCCUUGCCUGCUCUGGGGUCGACCGCCCUAUAUGUAGACACCUAAAACAGCGUUCGUCAACCUGGUGCCCUCCAGCUGUGGUCCAAAAUAUCUGGUCCUAGGUUUAUAAGGCCUGGACCAGGAAUCAGCAGGCUUUUUCAGCAGGGGGCCGGUCCACUGUCUCUCAGACCUUGUGGGGGGCCGGACUAUAUUGGGGGGGAAUGAACGUCAGCAACUGUGCAGUGACCGCAUGCCCCGUGUCUCCUCUGGCACCCCCACCCCCCCGCAGGCGUGGGGCCCGGCUGCACCGACGAGACCCUCCUCUCUGCCAUCGCCAGCGCCCUCCACACCAGCACGAUGCCCAUCACUGGGCAGCUCUCGGCCGCCGUGGAGAAGAACCCCGGGGUCUGGCUCAACACCUCCCAGCCCCUCUGCAAAGCCUUCAUGGUGACCGACGAGGACAUCAGGUCAGUGACGCUCCCUGGAGCAGGGAGAAGUUCUCUCUCUCUCUUUCUGCCUCUCUCUCUUCCUGUCUCUCCCUCUUUCUUUCCUUCCUUCCUUCCUUCUUUCUCUCUCCCCCUCUUUAUCUCUGUCUCUUUCUUUCUUUCUUUCUUUCUUUCUUUCUUUCUUUCUUUCUUUCUUUCUUUCUUUCUCUCUUUCUUUCUCUCUUUCUCUUUCUUUCUUUCUUUCUUUCUUUCUUUCUUUCUUUCUUUCUUUCUUUCUUUCUUUCUGUCUCUUUAUCUCUCCCUCUCUCUCCCCCCCUUUCUGUUUCUCUUUCUUUCUUACUUACUUACUUUCUUCUAUCUCUUUCUUUCUUUCUUUCUUUCUUUCUCUCUCUCUCUCUCUCUCUCUCUCUCCCCCCCUCUUCCUUUCUCCCCCUCUUUCUUCCUGUCUCUUUUUCUUUCUUUUCUUUCUUUCUCCCCCUCUUUAUCUCUCUCUUUGUCUCUUUCUGCCUUUAUCUUUCUCUUUCUUUCUUAUCUCUUUCUUUCUCCCUCUUUCUUUAUGUUUCCCUGUCUCCCCCUUUCUUUCUUUCUCUCUUUCUUUCUUUCUUUCUUUCUCUCUCUCUCUCUCUCUCUCUGUCUUUCUCUUUCUUUAUCUCUCUCAUCCUCUCUCUCUUUCACUAUUAUUAUUACUGUUACUACUACUACUACUGCUACUACUACUACUACUACUACUACUAUUACAGUGGUCCCUUGGGUUACAGAUGCUUCAGGUUACAGACUCCCCUAACCCAGAAAUAGUACCUCAGGUCAAGAACUAUGCUUUAGGAUGAGAACAGAAAUCGCACGGUGGCAGCGGGAGGCCCCAUUAGCGAAACUGGUCCUUCAGGUUAAGAACAGUUUCAGGUUAAGAACGGACCUCCGGAACGAAUUAAGUUCUUAACACGAGGUACCACUGUAUUCUUCUUCUUCUUCUUCUUCUUCUUCUUCUUCUUCUUCUUCUUCUUCUUCUUCUUCUUCUUCUUCUUCUUAGCUGAGCUGGCCUUAACUGUGCCCAGUAUUCCAAACACCAACAUUUUCUUCCUCUCGUGUUUCUGUUCUUCUGUUCUGGCCUCAACCAGAGCCAGGGCCUUUUCAUCUGUGGCCCCGAUGUGGUGGAACGCUCUGUCACAAGAGACUAGGGCCCUGCGGGACUUGACAUCUUUCCGCAGGGCCUGCAAGACAGAGCUGUUCCACCAAGCAAGACAGAGCUGUUCCUCUUUUGGCAAUCUUCACAGAACUUUAGCCUAAUGGUUGCCAUCAAUUUGAUUUGAAUUAAUUUUAUAAUGAAAUGAUUUUAGAAUGUUGUACUGUUGUUGUUAGCCACCCUGAGCCCGGCUUCGGCUGGGGAGGGCGGGAUAUAAAUAAAAUGUAAUUAUUAUUAUUAUUAUUAUUAUUAUUAUUAUUGCACCUUGAGGGUCCCACCCUCUUGACCGCAAAGGGGUCUCCGCACUGGUCUCCCAGGCGUGCGGCAGAAAACGCAGAGCAGCUGCCAAGACAGGCGGUUGUUUGGGGAGGGGGCUAUUCCACCAUCCCCCAGCCUCAUCCAGCUUCCCUUCCCUUCCCCGGACAGGAAACAGGAAGAACUCGUACAGCAAGUGCGAAAGAGGCUGGAAGAAGCUCUCAUGGCGGACAUGCUCGCUCACGUGGAGGAGAUCGCGCGGGACGGCGAGGCGCCCGAGGAGAAGGCCCUGGGGGACGAAGACGGAGAGGAAGAGGAGGAGGAAGAGGACGUGGAUCGCGGGCCGGAGGUGGAGAACGUAUAGUCCAGGUAACAAUAGCCUCAGUUGCUCCGAGGGAAACUCUGUAGCUACGUGGCAAAACAUGCAAGCAGGAAAGGCUAUUUCCAUGUCUGAAUCCCUAGAGGACUGCUGCCAGUCCGUGCAAGCCAGAGGUUUUCAACCGUUUUUGGCCCCGCGGCUCCCUUGACCAACUGCAUUCUUUUUGCGGCGUCCCUCUGGGGCUCAGGAGCCCCCUUCCCUGCAGAGCUGGCAGCCCCUCACCCUUUUUCGAACCCCCUCCCUUGUGGAGCGUUCCCUCGGCCUCCUCUCCCCUUUCCACCUUGUUGCUUUCUCAUCUCGGUCGGCGGAAAGAUUGGACUGUCCGGAUAUAGAGUCCCGUCGAUGAUCAGCCACCGAGGAGGCAGCUGAUUCAGUUCGCAUUUAACGGCAAGCUUAUCUCGCUAAACCACAGAGCCUAGGACUUGCCGAUCAGGUCAGCAGUUCGAAUCCCUGCGACAGGGUGAGCUCCUGUUGCUCAGUCCCUGCUCCUGCCAACCUAGCAGUUCGAAAGCACGUCAGAGUGCAAGUAGAUCAAUAGGUACCGCUCCGGCGGGAAGGUAAACGGCGUUUCCGUGUGCUGCUCUGGUUCGCCAGAAGCGGCUUAGUCCUGCUGGCCACAUGACCCGGAAGCUGUACGCCAGCUCUCUCGGCCAAUAAAGCGAGAUGAGCGCUGCAACCCCAGAGUCGGCCAGGACUGGACCUAAUGGUCAGGGGUCCCUUUACCUUUACCUAGUCCUCUGUGAUGGAUCAAGUCUCUCUCUCUUCCUCUCUUCCUUCAGGGAGUCCCUCUUGAGAAUCCUAGCCUUUCCUCGCCCCGCGAAGAGGCGAGCUUGCCGUCGGACAGCGUCGCAUGUUGUCUCCGCAGCCGUCUGGAGAUGCCUUCAGCCUCCGGCCGUCUUCAGCCUUUAUUUGCCGGACUCUCGAGAAUCCAGUGGCUCAGUAGAUCCUGGGUAGCUUGAAGAUGGACUUUAUUCAAACCCGUACUCUUUCUCUCUCUCCUCUCUCAACCCACCACCCCCCAUUUGUCAUUUCCUCAAGUGUUGACAGGGAAGGAACGCAGAGAAACUGCAAACGUUAACUGAUCCGUCUUUCAUUUCCAGGGCGCAGCGAAGCAAUUUGAGCCUGCUUCCCUGGUUCUCAGUUUUUUAUUAUUAGGUAGCACACACGUACCCAAACUUUACGUCCUCUUUCGGCUUAAGGUAGAGGCGCCGUUUUUAAAUGGGGACCACCUGUCCCGUACUUGGCUUGUUUGCUCCAGUUGUAGAUAAUCCUUCCUUCUGCGAAAUCUCGCCAUGGGAUUUGUGUGUGCGUUUGUGUGUUUUCAUCUUAACUUUUCCAGGCUGUCCGGUCUUCCCAGAGGUGUAACAGGGGGGUUCCUUCCCAUAUGAGGGGAACGGUGACCGUCUCGGGGACCCCUAAAGUUUCCAGCCGUUUGUGUGGAUCUCUCGAAAGUGCAGACAUUUGGGCUUAUGCACACAAAAGUCCAUUUAUCCAGUGGCAAUGUCGGUGGGGGGGGACCCUUUCGGAGAAAACUUUCGUGAGCUUAAAGGUGCUGUAUCAUUUGUGUAUUUUUCACGACCGUGCAUUGCAAGGAUGAGGAGGGCACAUACUGACCUCCCCAGAUCCGUUUUACUAGAUUCAAAUCAUUUGCUUUUGGGCGGCAGGUGUGGCCUUUUGCUCGUCUCACGCAGUUAAAAGCGAUAGAUCAAAAGCGGCGCGUGUCCUCAGAAGAGGCGAGCUGAACUGAUCUGGUUUUGCAACGAUGGCAGAGUCUGCCUUAUUAGACGUGUUCAGCAUCGUACACCCCACAACAUGAAGCUGUCCCCAAAUCAGACUUGCUUGGAAUUAGUGCAACCCUUGCCUGAGGAGCCGGCACGUUGCCGUGCAAAACCGUGCAAAAAAUCUAUAGGUUUUAAUUGCACCGCUGCCGUGCAGAAAUCUGGGUUUUAAUCGCACUGUUGCCGUGCAAAAAUCUGCAGGUUUAAAUUGCACCGUUGCCAUUCAGAAACCCGUGGCUUUUACUUUUACCCAGGCUUGUUCUGAACCUAUUUAAACCAUUUCUUUCUGGAGCCACACACAAUGACAGGAACCUGUGACGGAAAAUCCUGGCUUGUUUUCGCCGCCCGGGACCCAUGCAGUUUUCGGCUUUGGGUCAGCGAAGCGGCACCUGCCCCCUGAAUCCCAUCUCCAGUGCCACCCCACCUGCUAGCUCCACAUUGAUGCUUCCAAACCAACAUAUGGGAUUGUUUCUUUGGGGUGGGGGGAAAAUGAGGCUCGGCUGCUUCUUCUGAGACGCUGCUUUUCCCUAUUGGAGAGGGAAACCCUGCCCUUCACCCGGUUCACUGGCCAUCCCUGCUACUGAAUUUUGUCCAUUUCGGAUUUGUGUAUGUUUGUCUUAAUCCCAGAAGCACGGAUUUUCACUCCGUUCCGAAGCAGUUUUUGAGACUCCCUUUUGGGUAGGGAAUGUUAGGAGAGGCGAAUUCUUGCAAUGGAGGGAUUUGCCAGUUUUUUACACACACAGAGAUGCCUAUCUUUCUUUCCUCCCUCAUUUUUUUUCUCCACCUGCCUUUCCACCUUUUCAGGUAACUCCACGCAAACCCUUUUACUCUUAAGCUUUCGCCGGCAGUAAAAACAGCACCAGCAAGCUUCUCUCUUCCCCUGCGAUGUUGCCGUGGCAGAAACCUCAUUCCUGCCGCACAGACAACUUAUUUUUGCAGCGUCUCGUCACAACCUGGCGGUCCCCGUCCGAAGCGAGUUUCUUUUAUUCCUCGAAGUGACUUUUGUAUCGACUGCUUUUGCGGGGUGGGGUAUAGUGCGGUUUUGCAGCUUUUAGAUAUUUCGCAGCGAUCUGGGAGCCCCUUCUCCCGCCUCGCCUCCUUAGCACUAACCGAUGAUGUCCUUUCAGCCUUGAUCAUAUUUGUAAAAUUUGUUUGGGGGGGGGACUAUUAGUUUUGUAAUUAAAAAGGAAAAAAGAAAACAA